AUGCAAACAACUUCCACACUCGAGCCACAUGCGGAGGCGAACUGGCUGGCUACGUCUUUGCAACUCGCUGGAACUAUGAAGGCCGGGAAAUAUGCUGGAUUACACAGCUCUGCAUCGACCCAAAAUACCGACGCCACCGGACUGCUGCUGAAGCUUCGUGAGGGCAAGAACGACAGAGGCUUUGGCAUCCUCAGCUCUCACCCUGCCGCUAUCCUCGCUGCACUCAGAGCGUUUGGCAGAGGGAUCGAGGAGGUUGAUUUGAAGAUGGCAAGAGAACACGCCCGCGCAAUCAUGGACUGUAGCCCUGUUGGCUAUGUCAAGGAGGCGGUUCUGCGAGGAGGUUUGUUCAUGACUCAUGGAGAAGACAACGUCGUCUGCUGUGCCUACACCAACUUCUGGGUUGACCAUACAGAGCCUCUAGAAGUGUUGCAGGCCGUCAAGGCACGUGGAAUAGACUGGCCAUUUGGUGAUUUGCCCGAAGGCUGUGAGUUUCUGGUCAUGGGCAAAGGUGGACAGGUGAAUCCGGAAGGCGAGCGCAUUCGCAAACAGCUCCUUUCUUCAGAAUUCUAG